CAGCCCAGCCCAGUCAGUUAGUCAGCCAGUCGUAGUUUAGGCCUUGAGCGCGCCGGACCGCUGCUGCAGGCGAGGCGUGACGUGUGACGCUGCGAGCCGCGUCGUCGUCCACCUCAGCGCCUCGUCGCGUCCCGCCGCGACACCCGAGCAGGGCGCGGCAUGUGCGCGCGUGUGUGAGUGUGGGUGUGAGUGCAGCGAGCAGAGCAGGUGGAUUCCGCAGUGCUCUCGGCCCGGCCCGUGGCCGUCGAGGAGCUUCGACCAAGUGCAUCGACCCACCAGGUGCCAGCGCCAGCCAGCGCGGGCCCGCCCCGCCAGCGCAGCACGCAGCAGUAUCUUAUCGCAUCAGGGACCCCGACAACGGGCUGACCGACGGCGUCCGCGGCGUGGAGCAGGAGGACUGAGGACGGCACAAGGCAGAAGGCACGACGGCAGGAGGGCGUUGUCUUGAGCGCCAGGCGGGCUGACCGCCAGCCAGGCAGGCAGGCAGGCAGGGAGGCAGGCAGGCGGGGAGCUCGGCAGGGCCCGCCGCGGUGAGGUGGUGGGGGCCAGCAGGAGAAAGGAGCAAAUCAAAACAUCCAAGAUGGCGGCGGUAAGCGCCGCCGCGGUCGUCGCCGCCCUGGUGUCCGUCGUCCUGGACGCGGCCGCCGUGUUCGGCCAGGUGCUCCCGGGCGGGCCGCCGCCGGGACUCAACAGGGGCGGCGUCUACGUGCCACCCAACCCCGGCGACGCCAACUACAGGACCUACAUCUACAACGACCGACGCUACGGCUCGGCAUUCCCGGCUAACUACAAUCCCUACGACCCCUACGCACGGGACCCGUUCCCCAACCGGAACCCCUUCGACAACCAGAACCCCCAGGGCGUGUACAACCCCAACUACUUCAACCCGGACCCCAACAACCCCAAUCAGCCGGGCGGGCAGCUGCCGCUGCCGGGGGUGCUGGCGGGCUGGCGCGCGGACCUGCAGGGCAAGAUGCGUCCCGACUCUCUGCAGCUGGAGCGCGACGUGUACGUGCAGACCACGUACGGCCAGGUGCAGGGCUUCAAGACGUACCUGUACGACAACCCCGACCCGCUGUCCGGCUACCGCCCCGGCAUGACGCCCGUGGAGCGGGUGCAGGGCGUGGUCCACACCUUCCUGGGCGUCCCCUACGCCCAGCCGCCCAUCAACGACGGCAGGUUCAAGCCACCCCGUGCGCACCGUGGCUGGCAGCUCAUCCAGGCCGUGGACUUCGGCCCCGCCUGCCCGCAGCCCGUGAGGUACACCGGCGCCGCCAAGGGCGUCCGCGACAUGGACGAGGACUGCCUGUACCUGAACAUCUACUCGCGCACGACGGUGUCCGGGCUGGCACAAAAGUUCCCUGUGAUGGUCUACAUCCAUGGCGGCGAGUACUACAAGGGUUCGUCCAACUCCUUCCCGGGGCACGUCUUGGCCGCGUUCUACGAUGUGGUCGUCGUCACCAUCAACUACCGACUAGGAGCGCUAGGCUUCCUAUGCACAGCGGACAUCAACUCGCCGGGCAACUACGGCGUCCUGGACCAGGCCAUGGCCAUCAACUGGGUGUACGACAACAUCGACGCGUUCAACGGCGACCGCAAGUCCAUCACGCUGUUCGGGCCGGGCGCGGGCGCGGCCAGCGCCGGGCUGCUCAUGGUGGCGCCGAGGACCCGCGACCUGGUGACCCGCGUCAUCGCGCAGAGCGGCUCGGCGCUGGCGGACUGGGGGCUCAUCAUCGACCAGUACCGCGCGCAGAACACGAGCCGCGUCUUCGGCAAGCUCAUGGGCUGCAGCAUCGACUCGUCCUGGAAGCUGGUGGACUGCCUGAGGCGCGGCCGCAGCGCGCUCGAGCUCGGCAACGCAGAGUUCCACCCGGCAGUGGGCCCGUUCCCGUGGGGACCCGUCUUCGAUCGAAACUUCACGAAGCCCGGCGACAGUUGGUACCAGGGCUGGAAGGAACGAGACUGGCAUUUCCUGAACCGAACUCCGGAAGAACUCAUCAAACAUGGUCAGUUCAACCGGGGAUUGAGCUACAUGAGUGGAGUCACGACUCAAGAAGCGGCAUACAUCAUAUCACAAAAUGAAAGUUUGGUAUCUGUUCACUAUGAAGUCAAUGAAAGAUUCAUGGAACAGAAGAUCAGAGAGAUGGUUGCUCGGUUUAACUACACAUUAAAUCCUGGCGGGACUUAUGAAGCAAUUAAGUAUAUGUAUACGUAUCACCCAGAUCCCAAAAAUGUCACACAUAUCAGAGAACAGUACAUACAUAUGAUGUCAGAUUACUUAUUUAGAGCUCCUAACGACAAAUUAGUGAAACUUCUUGUUGAGAAAAAUAUUCCAGUAUAUAUGUAUGUUCUAAAUACAACCGUGGAAGCUUUAAAACUUCCAGAGUGGAGAAAGUACCCCCAUGAUACAGAACAUCUAUUUCUCACUGGAGCCCCAUUUAUGGAUGUUGAGUUCUUCCCAAAAGAUGCUGGGUAUGAACGCCUCAUGUGGACUGAAAAUGAUCGUAACAUGAGCCACUUUUUCAUGAAAGCUUUCUCCGAUUUCGCCCGAUAUGGGAACCCUACUCACAGUCAGAUUCUGGGCCUGCACUUUGAAUUAGCGAGGCCCGGUCAGCUAAAAUAUUUAAAUCUGAAUACAACAUUUAAUUCGUCAAUAUUUUUAAAUUAUCGGCAGACUGAGUGUGCGUUUUGGUCCGAUUAUCUUCCUACUGUAAUUGGCCAUUUGGUGCCUACAUAUCCACCAACAACUGAGUGGUGGGAGCCUCGUCAACCUCUCCAGAUAGCAUUUUGGAGUAUGUCAGCAAUUUGCCUGUUGCUCAUCGUAGCUGUAGUGGCCUGUUGUAUUCUUUGGAGAAACGCCAAAAGGCAACAAGAUCGGUACUACAGUGGAGAUCUUUUAAUGAUGAGGGACGAAUCCGAAAUCACCGGUAUUGGCAAUGCUUCUGAAAAUCCAAGUCACCUUUACGAGUAUCGGGAUACCCCGACCAUCGCUGAAAAACAACCACAGCUUAAAGUGCAGAUGCACUCACGUCCUGUACCCCCAGAGCCCACCAAGACAUCCUCGGUAAAGACUGGGAGCAACCAGUCGUUAAAGUCCUUGAAGGACUCAGUGAACGGUUUCCCAGCAGGUGAGCCAAGGGUAGAAACAAGACCUCCCUUACCACAGCCGGCAGCGGCGGUCCCUGUGCCCACCACAAGACCGCGAGCGACUCUCAGUCGGACUCAUUUAGAAGGCGGCAUCCCCCAGACGGAGGUGUAAAACGCCACCCGUUGUAAACCUCGUUUACGCCACAUUCGAAUGUUACCUGAUAAAAUUUGCUAAUCUUGCGAAUUUUAUAAUUAAGUCAUUAUUUAUGAGAAAGUGUGUAUGUGAUUAAAACUUGUUAGUUAGUAAAUUCCUAUUAUCACACAUCGGCUAUUCAAUCUUAAAUGUUUUAAUUCAAAAUUAUUCUUGUUAAUCUGUUUACUUAUCAGUGUAUGUGUGAGAUUUGUACAAUAUUUGUACUCUUUUCAAAUUGACGCUCAUUCAAUUGAUUUUAUUGGGUACCAAUGUAAGUAUUCUGUAAAUAAUUGUGCUUUAUGACGAAAGUUUAUCACUGCCACCUGCAUUGAUCUCCAGCCUACUCAUAUCUUAUCAUGUAGCCUAUGUGUAAAUUAUGUAAUCAUAAGAAAUCCCCCCCCCCUCUUCUUUUUAAGGAAAAAGGUGGUUGUUAGUUUUUUUCCCGGAUUUCUAAUAGCACACCCAGUUCAUUCCAUUAUCGAUUCUAGCUCAGUCUGUCGAAUUCACUUGAUGAAUGCGAUAUAAUUUUAUACGUUAUCUCCUGCUGGACUCUAAUAAAUAUUGUGGACAAUAUUGAGAGUGAUGGUGACAAGUGCGUUUAAUCAGUAUGCUCUAUGGUUGUGCCAUAAAUAAUUGCCUUUCCCCUCAAACUAGUACAUGAUACGCGUAAAAAAUAGUCAAGGUGGGGUAAUUGUAUUUCUUUAAACUUCUUGUCACAUCUACAUAUAAAUGAUGCAUAAAAGUGCCAGUCAUACUGGUACUUCUUACCUUACUAUCAUCUUUGCCUGAGUCAUGCGUGCUUUAAUUAGACAACCGACUGUCAAUACACUAGGGAAUGUUAAGGGGAUUUGUUUAGACAAUUUGUUCCCAGUAUUUAAUUGUAUUAUAAAAUAUUUUUUUACAUUAUAUUUGUAUUGUAUGAGUUUUUGAUUGUUAUAUGUGCUCUUUGUCCCUGUCUUAUGCCGUCCAACCGUGUCUUUUGCUGUGUAUUUUCAUGUAUUUGUAUUCUGUGUAUUAUAUUUUUAGCUUAUAAGUUAAUAAUGUCCGUAUUGUGAUAGGAUUUUUGUAUUAUUUUGCGUACGCACGCGUGUUUGUGCUGCUCAUAUACCUAUAUAACUCUCAUAUCGUUUGGGAAAUUUAUCUUCAGCAGAAAUCUGAUAAAAUUGACUGACUUUGGAGUCAAUUUGUGAUGACUUGAAUUUUAUGGCCUGAAUUGUAUUCGUACAUAAAUUUAAUGUUGUUUGUUUUAUUUAUUUUCUGAGUUGUAAUUGAAAUAUGUAUAUUUUAUGACACAUUUGUUCGAUAGUCGUUUGUAUGAUAAACAUUGUAAAAUCUAUUAGAUACAAAAUUUCCUGCACUCUCUCUUAUUGGAGUGUGUGGGCCCAAGUAAUUAAAACAUAUAAAUGAA